AGAAAUCUGUCAUUGAAAAACCCUUUUUGACAAUGAUUGAACAUGAGUGGGGAGCCAUGGUAGAAUAUUUGUGAUAAAUUCUCCAGAUAAAUCAAUAUUACAAACCCAAACCUGUUACUGAAAUUGUGAAUUCAAGUGUCAAUAUUAUAUUUAGGACGGUACAAAAUCAAUAAACAUCAAACAUGGAUGAAUAUACAAGGGAACCUUGCCCGUGGCGUAUCUUAGAUGAUUCUGGAGGUGCUUUUAUUAUGGGAGCUAUUGGCGGAGGGAUUUUCCAUUCAAUAAAAGGAUUCAGGAAUGCACCUGUAGGGUUCAGUAGAAAAAUGCUGGGAAGUAUGGCCGCGUUGAAAGAACGCUCUCCUAUCGUUGGUGGUAAUUUUGCAGUGUGGGGAGGAAUGUUUUCCACCAUCGACUGCUCCUUAGUAUACUUGCGGCAGAAAGAAGACCCCUGGAACUCUAUCAUGAGUGGGGCUCUUACUGGCGGGAUACUUGCAGCUAGAAAUGGUGUCCCAGCCAUGGCUGGCAGUGCUUUAGUUGGCGGUAUACUUUUGGCUUUAAUAGAAGGUAUAGGUAUAAUGUUCUCCAGGUUAACAGCAGAACAGUUCAAACCACAGCAACCCAUAUUUGAGGAUCCAUCAGUGCUAGGUAACCAAGGACAAGCUCAGAGUCAAUCGUUCCAGUAGUCUAGGUCUUAAGAUUAAAACUAUUGUGAUUGUACAGCCUUGCUCAACACACAUUUGCUAUACUACUUCUUUAUUUAAAAUUCUACUUUUGUAAAAUAUUUGUACUUUUGUCUUGCAUUAUAUAAUGUAAUGUCAAGUUCAAAGUCCAUAAACUUUUCUGAUGAAAUAUUCAAUUUCUUUGCACAAUAAUCGAGUCAUCAGGCCAGACUGUACAGCCACAAUCGAAAUUGUAAACAAAUCUCUUGCCAAUGUGGCACUGUAUCAUUAACCAAACUUUAGAAUCAGUUUUAGUUUGUUGCGAGUGAAUUAUUUGCAUCUGUGAUAUUUUCAGUCCCGUACUGAUUGUUUAUAAUUUCACUCAAUAUGGUUUGUACCCAUUUGGUAUUAGAUUUCAAUGAUUUUGUUCAUGCAAAGCACAAUGCAACACUAUUUUAUCAUAAAAUUUUGAUUUUAAAGAGUAUUACAUACUCCUUUCUUAUCCCUCUACUUAAUUAUUUGUUCCCAUAAAGUUAGAGGGCCUUUUAUGUCAGUUUGUUAUUGGCUGAUGAUGAAGAUUAUUUGUUCCAUCUUCAAAUUAGCUGUAAAAAUUGUCAUGAAUUGAGUAUGUAAUAUUCCUUAAAAUGUUUCCUGAAAAUAGAAUUUAUUUAAACAAUAAAGUUUUUUUAAUAAU